UGAUUAUUUUUUAUCAUUGAAUCCAAAUCAAUUCAUUGCAAAUUCAUAUCAUGAGAGAUCAACAAAAUAUCCAGAAAUUGAACAAUCAUUAGCACUCUGGAUUGAUCAGGCAGCAAGUGAUAAUUGUACUUUAUCUGGGCAUAUUGUUAUUUCAAAAGCUAAA